AAAACAGGGGAACGUGGAAGAAGGAAGAAUGUGCUAAUUCCUUCACAGUGCAGUGAAAGGUUUUCAUCGUGAAAAUUCGACGAGCUUAUAAGAUAUAUUAUACUGUUCACCAUGAAAGUGGUGAUUAUGUUCAACGAGCACGUCAGGUGUAAGAGAAGUAUAAGAGUGUCCUAAUCAUUAUCGCCAUUGUCGAAGCGUAUCAACGGGUUAAUAAGGAGCCGGCGCUUCUACGCUCGUGAAACGACAAUAAUUUUGAACACGUUUGUACACGACCUACUAACCGAAACCAUCGAGGUUUAUUUCAACCGCGCUUUCCAACCUCCUGAAUCGAUGUAAGCAAAUGAAUCGGGCACGAAGGACGCCUUAUAUUCGACGUAACUCAUCGAUGGAGACAAAUGCAACGGGAAUAGUGUGAAAGAACGUGAAAGUGUCCAUUAUUGGUUAACACGAAAGUUCUCUCGUUCGCAAAACGAUUCGUUCUCGAUGCACGCUUUAAGCAGAGAACGAUCAAAGAAUAUUCUGCCGAAAGAUUCUUACGGCGGUAGAAUUAAUCGGUGAGCGUGUCCUGCGCCCUGUCCCUUUGUCAUUACUCGAGGGAGAGAAAGAGAGAGUGGGGGAGAGAGAGUUGAAACAUCGUACGUUCGUCGAGGGCAUCGCACACGAAACGGUGGAGGUGGGAGGAGGCCGUCUACCUCAAGAGGUGGAAUGAUAAUAAAGGAGAACCACGGGACAGGCCGGCACGGGGCGACAUUAUGCAAAGAGCUGAUCUGAAUGUACCGAACUUACCCCUUAGACCGUUCCCCCUUGGGAUGGCGAUAGGUGCGCUCGCUGAUAUCGCGAUCAAGCUCAUCAUCAGCGGCUACAUACUAGCCGUGGUCGUGUACGUGAACGCCACCGGCAAUUGGGAUAAGGACGAUGAUCUAGUGGCAACUUUUGAAGUCAGCGCUGUUCUUGGACGUAACGCUAGAUUGCCUUGUGACAUUGAACCGUCCACGCGCGAAGAUCGUGUAUACAUGGUGCUUUGGUUUCGCGAUGACGCCGUGAAACCAAUCUACAGUUUCGACGUGCGAGGAAGAGCAUUUAACAAAGCUCUGAAUUGGUCGGACAACACCGUGGUUGGACCGAGAGCAUACUUCGUUACCGUAACGAAACCGGCUACACUUUCCUUGGAAGCAGUACAAUUGGAUGAUGAAGGAAUCUACCGGUGCAGAGUAGAUUUUAAAAAUUCACCCACAAAAAAUUUUCAAGUGAACCUCACUGUAAUAGUUCCACCUUAUCAGCUUUUAAUCUACGACAGCUCUGGAGUUGUAGUGGAGAAUACCGCAGGACCAUUUCAAGUAGGUGUAGAGUUUGGUCUAUCCUGCGAAGUAAGGGGAGGCAAACCGACACCAGUGGUCAGUUGGCUUGUGAAUGAGAAAGAGGUGGACAGUAAGUUGGAGGAAAUUGGAAAAAAUGUAGUCGUCAGUAAAUUAACAGUACCUCAAUUGAGAAGGGAACACCGUAACACCACUUACAAAUGUCGAGCCUGGAGCACAAAUCUAAUACCUCCAUUAGAAAAAACUAUUGUCUUAGAUGUUUAUCUGAAGCCACUGUCGGUGAAAAUUUUGUCAAAACCAACGGUUCUAGAAACGGAAAAGGACUACUCUAUUAUAUGUGAAACAACAGGAUCACAUCCUCAAGCAGAAAUUACUUGGAUGGAAGGAAACAACAUUUAUCGCAGUGGCGAAGUGCUCAAUGGUGGUAAUACCUCGGUGGUUUUAAGCACCCUCAUAUUUUCACCGAUCCCCGAUGAUCACGGAAAGAUCCUCAAGUGUCGAGGAGAAAAUCCAAAACUGCCAGACGCAUAUCUAGAAGACUUCUUUCAAUUAAACGUAGUUUUUCCACCUAAAGUACAAUUACACUUGGGUAGCACUCUAAAUGCAGAAAAAAUAAAGGAGGGUGAUGACGUUUAUUUCGAGUGCAAAGUUCGAGCCAAUCCAGAACACCAUAAAAUUACGUGGAAACAUAACGAUGCGGUGUUAAUGCAAAAUUACUCGGCUGGAAUAAUUAUGAGCACUCAGAGUCUGGUAUUGCAAAAGAUAGGUCGAGACAAUGCAGGAAAUUAUACAUGUCUUGCUAGUAAUGAUCGAGGUGAAACAACAAGUUCAGUAGUAACUUUACGAGUGCAAUUUGCACCAAUGUGCAAAGCGAAAGAAGUAUCUAUCAUCGGAGCAUCGUUGGAAGAAUCGGUAAAAAUCCGUUGCGAAGUAGAUGCUGACCCUAAUGAAGUAGAAUUCGUCUGGGAGUUCAACAAUAGCGGUGGGAAUUUUGAAGUUGCUCCAGCAAAAUUUGACGGUAAUAAUGGAACAAUGAGUGAACUUAUCUACACGCCAGUAUCUGAAAGAGAUUAUGGAGCUUUAACAUGUUGGGGUAGAAACGAGAUUGGAAAGCAGGAAGUGCCAUGUAUCUAUCAAAUUAUUCCAGCAGUAAAACCAAAUCCUUUGAACAAUUGCACAAUAAAAGCAUCUCUAAAUCAAAGUUCCGAGAUCUUGGAAGUGGAAUGUGUACCAGGAUAUGACGGUGGACUAAGACAAGAGUUUCGAUUAGAGGCAUAUGAAGUUCUUACUGGUAAUUUAAGGGUGAAUGCGUCCAGCGUGUCCGCUGAUGUACCGAUAUUUAGGAUCGCCGUGGCAGAUCUUCUUCCAGCGACACAUUUUUACCUUGUUACUUAUGCUGUGAACGCGAAAGGAAGAAGUGAAGUGAGUUUGUUAGAGGAUAUAAUGUUGAGGGAUUCCGAGAAACAUACAGAUAGUGGAGUGAGCAUGGUUCCACUUAUUCUACUUCUUAUCGGUUGCCUAAUGGCAUUCGGUGUCACUGUACUUUCAGUGAUGUUAAUGAUGUAUCGCCGCAGGGGUACCACAUCUCCAGUUCAUAUUGAGCCUUAUAUGAAACAACCGAUAAUUACUCCUCCGGAUUCGAGGAAUAAUUCGAUGCUCGAUGUUACACAUGGAGAUCAUACUUAUUUUGUCGAAUACACAUUAAAACAAGUCACUGAUUAUGCUCUCAACAAUCAACCAGACAUCAUUCAAUCGCCGCAAGAUCAAGAAAAAAUAAAACGCGAACCACAAUUAUUUUUACCUGUACGACCAGACACGCUGUUUGCACCGUAUGACAUUCAUAAACAAGGACUUCAAAGUAACAGAUGCAGCCUAAAUCCAUUCUCCACAAAAUCUUGGGAACCUAUUAGUUUUAAAGCUGAUCGUAAUUUAAUGAAGGAGAUCAUUAUCGCCAAUUCUAUACCAGGUCCAGAAAGUUGUGUCUAAAAAGUAUCAAAGAAAACGAACGAGUGAAACAUAUCAAGAGGACAGAUAUUUCAAAGCCUAAAAAAACGAUCGUACUGUAUAAUUAUUAUGUUGAUACCGAGAAUGAACAUUAAACGAAUUGCAACUGGUCCCCCUCCCCCUCCCCGGUCGAGUUGGUGUACAUUGCACGAAGAAACGGCAUAGUACGAACAUUACGACAUAUUACACUGCUUACAAGUCAAAUGUCUCAUCAUUGAAAAACCUAUGGAACUGAAAACAAUCUAGAAAUUGUCAAGACUAGUUGCAUACUAACU